AAUGAGUGUGACUGUGCCUCAGAGUGUUCCUGUACCUGUUCCACCUGCACCAAAGUGAAAGAGGAAUCCCAGGGCCAGUCCCAGCAGCUGGAGAGAGCUCUGGAUGGUGACGUGGACAACAUCACCACGCUGAUCCAUCACCACGUCCCAGAAGCCAAGCUGAUCGAGGCCAUCGGCCAGGAGCUGACCUUCCUGCUGCCCAACAAGGGUUUCAAGCACCGGGCCUACGCCUCCCUCUUCAGAGAACUAGAGGAAACACUGGGAGACAUGGGCCUCAGCAGCUUCGGCAUCUCUGACACCUCACUGGAGGAGAUCUUUCUGAAGGUGACAGCAGAUGGGGAAGAGGCAGCAGCCAAUGCCAAAACUCCAGAACAGUGGAUGUUGCUGAAGAGAACCAAAAGCUGCAGUAAAGUUGGUGUGGAGGAGGGUGAACCUGAAGAGGCUAACGGUCUGAAGCAGGCUAACGGUGGGGGGUAA